GCGGAAAUGGUGCGGCUGUAACCUUGCUGUGUGUCUGCUGUUGUAAGAUGUGAUUCCGGCGUAUAUUUAUUUUAAUUUUCGGCGUUUUUUCCCCCGCAGCGAUGAGCAGAUACAUUUUACCGGUUUCUGUGUUCGGAACCGUGGCAGGAUGCGCUGUUUUAAUCAAUUUUGAACAUCAGCUCCACAUCCUCCAAUAAUAGAAACCAUGUGACUGGAGGCCGGUGUCCCAGUAAGGCCACGAUCAAAGGGAAAACCGUAGUGAUAACAGGCGCUAACACAGGCAUCGGGAAGGAGACGGCUCGAGAACUCGCCACAAGAGGGGGUCGGAUCAUUAUGGGAUGCCGCGACAUGGAGAAGUGUGAAACAGCGGCGAAGGAGAUACGCGGAGAAACGCUGAACCCUCAGGUUUACGCCUGCCGCCUGGACCUGGCCUCCACCAGAUCUAUCCGAGAGUUUGCAGAGCGGAUCAAUCGAGAGGAGAAGCGUGUGGACAUACUGAUAAACAACGCCGGAGUGAUGAGGUGUCCAGCGUGGAGGACGGAGGACGGCUUCGACAUGCAGUUUGGGGUUAAUCAUUUAGGCCACUUCUUGUUGACUAACCUCCUGCUGGAGAAGCUGAAGGAGUCGGCGCCCAGCAGGGUGAUCAACCUGGCCUCCCUCGCCCACAUCAUCGGACAGAUCGACUUCGAGGACCUGAACUGGGAGAGGAGGAAGUUCGACACGAAGCAGGCGUACUGUCAGAGCAAGCUGGCCAAUGUUCUGUUCACCAGGGAGCUCGCCAAGCGCUUAGAAGGCAGCGGCGUGACGGUGAACGCCGUGCACCCGGGGGUCGUGGCCACGGAGCUGGGGAGACACACCGGUCUGCACCAGUCCCAGUUCUCCAGCUCAGUGCUCAGUCCCUUCUUCUCCCUGCUGGUAAAGAGUCCGAAGCUGGGCGCCCAGCCCAGCGUCUUCCUGGCCGUGGCGGAGGAAAUGGAGGGCGUGACGGGGCGCUACUAUGAUGUCAUGACUGAAAAGGAGCCGGCGCCGCAGGCCCUGGAUGACGAGGCAGCCCGCAGGUUGUGGGAGGCCAGCAGCAGGCUGGUGGGUCUGGAGGAAGGAGGCCAGCCAACGGCGGUGGCGGACGGGCGAAGCAAAGCAGGACCGACAGAUCGUGCAGAGACGCCGGUGCCAAACCCAGAACAGGGCGCCGGUGCUGUUGGAGCUUAGUUCUGCUUCAGCUGCUGGGGCCACAGGGAGCCACUGAUCUGGAGAUGUUCCCGACUUAAUGUCUGAAGAUAUGGACGUCUGUACGAUCGCUGCCUUUUGCUGCGUCCUGGUUUCAGGAUUGGAACGUUUUCUGUCCCUGAACUCAUUAAAUGUUUAGAGCCAAAGCA